GUGUCCCCCGCGGCGGCUGCUGCUUGGGCUCUUUGUCCUGCUGGUCCCCACCGCUUCCCAGGAGCCGGCAACAAGGCUCAUUUUUCCUUCCUAAUGGCCCCGGCUCCGCCUCGCUUGGAGUUUCUGCUCCUCCUGGCUUGCUGCUUCUCCUCCUCCGAUACUCAGCUCCUGGACUGGAUUUGGGGCAGCACAAACACCACGGGAAGCCCAGCAGCACCCGGUGUGGGAACCGCACCGCCGGAGCCUCUUGCCACUACUCCCACCCCCAGCACGUCCCCAGGGACAUGGGGUGUCCAGGUGGUGGGGGACAUCACCACCCCACAGCGCCAGGAGAUGGAUCCCAGCACAGCAGCACCUGCCGGCGAGGGGACUGUGUCUGAAAACACCAAGCAGUGGGACAGGAAUGCCACGGGGCUGGUGGAGAGCACAGCACGGCCAAGCAUCGCUCCUCCCCACAGCACAUCACCUGCCCAUGGCCAGGGUGCGGCCAGAAGCUCCACCAAGGACCUGCAGCUCCUGGGGACAGGGACCACCAAGGACCCACAGGUCCUGGGGAUGGGGAACACCGAGGAUCGGCAGCUCCUGGGGACAGGGACCCCCGCAGCAACAGGGACACAGGUGUCCUUGCAGAGACCAGCGGGUCUUCGGCCAGGUAGUGCCCCUUUUCCUUUCUCACCAGGUGACACUAACCGUAAGCAGGCGGUGCCACCCCGGGACCCCACGGUGCAACUGCCCCGACACCACCACGGAGCAUCGCCCGCCUCACCGCUCGGCACUGGCCACUGGGGGCUGGUGCUGGCUGGCAUGAAUGGGAGCCGGAGCCCUCCUUUGCCUAACGGGAGGGCAGCUAACAGUGUGGAUCCUCCUCUUGUCAAUACCUCCGGUCCUCUUGAGUUUGAUUUACUAACCGCUGCUACACGACUCUACAGUAGUAGCAGCACAGAGCUCGUAUCCUUACCUGGACUGCUGCCGCCAGCCGGCCGUUGCCUGCCCGUCCCAACCCACCUGCCCUUCUGCAGCAUUCUGGGCACCAACCAUUUCAGAUUACCGAAUUACCUCCGCCACGGCAGUGAGGCGGAAAUUCGGGCAGCUUUGCAUGAGUGGGAGGGGCUGCUUGAAUCGCAGUGCCAUCGCUACGUGAAGUGGUUUGUCUGCUUGCUCCUGCUCCCUGGGUGUAGCGCCUUGGUCCCUGUAACCCCCCCGCCGUGCCAGGGCUUCUGCGAGGCCGUCAGAGACCUGUGUUGGAUGCACUUGGCUGGCGGACGCCUGCCUCUGCCUUGUGAUGCUCUCCCUGAGGAGGACGAAGGGUAUUCUUGUGUCUUUAUUAAUGCUUCUGCAGAGAACCUGAGCACUGAGGUCAGCCUCCUGGAGCUGAUCGGAGAUCCCCCGCCAGAGGAGAUCCUCAAAAUUUAUGGCCCCGACAACAACCCAGGCUAUGUCUUCGGCCCCAAUGCCAACACAGGCCAGGUGGCCCGGUACCACCUGCCGAGCCCUUUCUACCGGGACUUUUCCCUCCUGUUCCACAUCCAGCCUACUACGCCCCGGGCCGGUGUGCUCUUUGCUGUCACGGACUCCUCACAGAGCAUCAUCUAUGUGGGCAUCAAGCUCUCAGAGCUGCGGGCAGGCAAGCAGCAGAUCAUCUUCUACUACACAGAGCCAGGCUCACCAAGCUCAUAUGCAGCAGCCACCUUCACCGUGCCCACCAUGCUCAACCAGUGGACGCGCUUUGCCAUCAGCGUGGAGGAGGACGAAGUUGUUCUCUACCUGGACUGCGAGGAGCACGAGCGGGUCCGCUUCGAGCGCUCUCCAGAUGAGAUGGAGCUGGAAGAUGGCUCCGGGCUCUUUGUUGCUCAGGCUGGAGGGGCUGACCCAGAUAAAUAUCAGGGGGUGAUUGCUGAUUUGAAGCUGCAAGGGGACCCGCGGGCGGCCGAGCGGCAGUGCGAGGAAGAGGAAGAUGACACUGAGGAGGUCUCUGGUGAUUUUGGCAGCGGGGCAGAAGGUGGACACCAACCCUCGGGGAAAGACAGGGGUGUCCCGGGGCUGGUGGAUGCUGUCCCAGUCACCUCUCCCCCUGUGGCAGCGGGUGGCGGGCCGAGGAGAGGUGGAGGCUCCCCACAGCAAGCUGAGAGGACCAGAGCAGAGGACACACUGCAAGUCUCCACGGGAGGCACUGGCCCCAAAGGUGAAAAGGGGGAGAAGGGCGAGCGUGGACUGAAAGGGGACUCAGGGACUGGCAGCAUCGUGGGGACGGGCAGUGUCAAGGGUGAAAAGGGGGAGAAAGGAGAACUAGGCAUUAAGGGCAGUGCUGGAUUUGGCUACCCUGGCUCCAAGGGCCAGAAAGGGGAGCCGGGUGACCCUGGCCCCCCCGGGACCCUCUCGCGGCAUUCUGAUGGCUUGGUGGUGGAGCAGGUCACUGGUCCCCCGGGUCCACCAGGGAAGGAUGGAGCCCCCGGCAGGGAUGGCGAGCCCGGUGAUCCUGGCGAGGAUGGCAAACCCGGUGAUAUGGGGCCCCAGGGGUUCCCCGGGAUGCCAGGGGAGCCUGGUCUGAAGGGGGAGAAGGGUGAGCCAGGCAUAGGGCCGAGGGGACCCCCUGGACCACCUGGUCCCCCAGGACCCCCAGGACCAUCAUCCAAGCAUGACAAGCUGACUUUCAUCGACAUGGAGGGCUCUGGCUUUGGCGGUGACCUGGAGAGCCUGCGGGGUCCGCGAGGGCCACCUGGUCCCCCAGGGCCACCCGGAGUGCCCGGUUUGCCGGGUGAGCCGGGACGGUUUGGGAUGAACCACACAGACCUGCAGGGACCGCCAGGGCUGCCGGGCAGGGAUGGGACCCCUGGGUCUCCGGGUCCUCAGGGUCCUCCUGGAAGAGACGGGGCAGCUGGGCAGCCAGGGCCCAAAGGAGAGCAGGGUGAUGUGGGUGACCUUGGCCUCCCUGGCGCACCAGGACCCAAGGGCAGCAAGGGAGAAACAGGACCAGCAGGAGCCCCAGGAGAAAUGGGGUUAGCUGGCCUUCCUGGGCCCAUUGGACCCCGAGGGCAGCCAGGGCCCCCCGGUCCCCCAGGGCCACCAGGGCUGGGCUACGAGGCUGGAUUUGGUGACAUGGAGGGCUCGGGGCUGCCAUUUGCUGCCAGCUCCCCUGGACCACCUGGACCCGAAGGACCACAGGGGGUGCCAGGACUGCCGGGGGUGAAGGGGGAGGUCGGCAGCCCCGGGCAGCCUGGCUUGCCAGGACCAAAGGGAGAUACUGGUGUGCCUGGCGUGGACGGCCGCCCUGGCCUGGAGGGCUUCCCCGGACCACAGGGACCCAAAGGUGACAGAGGCAGUCCCGGCGAGAAGGGUGAGCGAGGCCAAGACGGUGUGGGGCUGCCUGGCCCCCCUGGUCCACCUGGUCCCCCCGGACAGGUCAUCGCUGUCUCAGGCAAAGAUAAGUCUUCGGUGGCUUUGCCUGGUCCAGAGGGCAGACAGGGUCACGCUGGCUUCCCGGGCCCGGUGGGACCGAAAGGAGACCGGGGAUCGUCCGGUCCCCAGGGCUCCCCAGGGUUGAAGGGGGAGAAGGGGGAGCCCGGCGUCAUCAUCAGCCCCGAUGGGACCGUGGUCACUGCGCAGGUGAAAGGAGAAAAGGGGGAGCCAGGGCUGCGGGGACCGAUGGGACCAUCGGGUCCGCAGGGACGAGCAGGGAUGAAGGGAGAGAUCGGCUUUCCAGGCAGACCCGGACGUCCUGGCAUGAAUGGGCUGAAGGGCGAGAAGGGUGACCCCGUGGAUGUCAGUAGCGUGCUGGGCUUGCAGGGUCCCCCGGGACCCCCAGGGCCUCCAGGGCCCCCUGGACCACCUGGAAGCAUAGCCUAUGACAGCAGCAAUGCCUUCAGCGACUCUGGCCAUCCUGUGCUGCCAGCUUUCCCUGGUUUCCACCAGUUUCCAGGACAAAAGGGAGAGAAGGGCGAUGCCGGAGCCCCAGGACCCCCAGGCCACUUCUCCUAUGACCUGAGUCACUUUGGUGCCAACCUGCAGGGUGACAAGGGGGAGCCAGGUCCCAAGGGCGAGAAGGGCGAGCCAGGCAACACCCCACUCUAUGGUCCCAGCGUCUCCGGGCUGCCAGGGCCUCCAGGGCCCCAGGGCUACCCUGGGCUGCCAGGUCCCAAGGGGGACAGUAUCGUUGGGCCGCCAGGGCCUCCUGGACCUCAGGGCCCCCCUGGUAUUGGAUAUGAGGGGCGGCAAGGCCCCCCUGGCCCUCCCGGUCCCCCCGGUCAACCCUCCUUCCCAGGCCCCCACAGACAAGCUAUCAGCAUCCCUGGGCCCCCUGGACCACCGGGGCCUCCCGGACCACCAGGCACCAGCGGGAUGUCCUUUGGGCUGCGCACCCUGCCAACCUACCAGGCGAUGCUGAGCGCUGCACACGAGCUGCCCGAGGGUGGCCUCAUCUUCCUGACUGACCGGCAAGAGCUCUAUGUCCGCCUGCGUGGGGGCUUCCGCCGCGUGCUGCUGGAGGAGCACACCCUGAUCCCCAGCUCGGCUCUGGACAACGAGGUGUAUGACAAGCCCCCCAGCAUUCACUAUGCUGGCCCCCAGCCCCCCCUCCAGCCCCGUGGACCUCUGCAUCCCCUUCACAACCACAGCCCACUGCCCACCGCCCGCCCCUGGCGUGGGGAUGAGGUAGUGGCCAACCAGCACCGCCUGCCCGAGCAACCGCUGCUCCACCACCAGCAUGAGCUCCUCAACAGCUACUACAUCCACCGCCGGCCAGAUCCAGCCCCCGUGGCCGCCCACGUGCACCAGGACUUCCAGCCUGCUCUUCACCUGGUGGCCCUGAAUGCCCCACUGAGUGGUGGCAUGCGCGGCAUCCGGGGUGCUGACUUCCAGUGCUUCCAGCAAGCCCGUCAGGUUGGGCUGGCUGGCACCUUCCGCGCCUUCCUCUCCUCCCGCCUGCAGGACCUCUACAGCAUUGUACGCAGGGCCGACCGCGCCACUGUGCCUAUCGUCAACCUCCGGGACGAAGUGCUCUUCAGUAACUGGGAAGCCCUUUUCACGGGCAGCGGGGCCCCACUGCAAGCCGGCACUCGCAUCCUCUCCUUUGACGGCCGGGAUAUCCUGCAGGAUGCAGGAUGGCCGCAGAAGAGCAUUUGGCAUGGCUCAGAUGCCAAGGGCCGGCGCUUGCCCGAGAGCUACUGUGAGACGUGGCGGACAGAGGAGCGUUCUGCCACCGGCCAAGCUUCCUCGCUGGCCUCCGGCAAGCUGCUGGAGCAGGUGGCCAGCAGCUGCCAGCAUGCCUUCAUUGUCCUCUGCAUUGAGAACAGCUUCAUGACCGCUGCCAAAAAGUGACACCUCCCCCUCAUCCCCUGGGUACCCCACGCCUCCCUGGGGAGGGUCGGGCCAGCCUGCACCCCAGCACCCCCAUGGUCCUCAGCCCCUCCAUCUCCUGCCCUCGCCCCACAGGAUUUUCUCUUCCCGCAGACCUGAAGCCAAAGAGUAUCGCUAUUGCCCCUGCCUUGGGUUGGCAGGGGCUCACGUCCCACCCGGGGCAGGGCAGCCGUGGGCUGGCUGCCUUCCUCCUCCUCCUUUUGCUCCACUUCUCUUCUAACCCCUAAUAUCUAACCACUUCAUCUUGUGUCCACCACCCGCUCAGAUGCUCUUUUCAGGGUGGCUGGGCAGGAGGAUGCUCAGCAGGGAGAUUUCAGCACUGCCAUGUGGUUUGCCCUCCUGGAAAGCCUGCAGGGGUUUCUCUGACCCCCACCUCCCAGCCCCGCGCUGUCCUUGCCAGGAGCUUGGGGCCAAACCCAAAUCCACGCUGCUGGGGCCAUGGGCUCUUCAGCCGAAAGUCCACCAUCCCACCCAAGCAAGGGACCGUCCCAUGGCGGUGCCAGGGCUCUCCCUAGAUGGUCUCCGUCCUCCCAAGGUAAGGACCAUUGCACCCAGCCCCCCCCAUCAUCAUCCUCACCUCCAUCCCUCUGGGCACAGCCACAGCCAGGCCAGCAUGGGGACUGAUGUGAUGGGGUGGCCCCAACAUGGGGACAGGCAUGCCCUUGGCCUGUGUUUACGUGUGUUGUGUGUGUGUUGAGCACA